CCUCACCAUCACCAUCCCCUCCUCCUCCCAUCGACACCGCGGACGACUCCCUCCCGCUUUCCUUUCCACCACCUUCCAGGACCAAUACUCCCCAUCUCCCAUCAAAGAAACCAAAACAUCAAAAGAGCCUUCGCCCGACGACGACUCCUUUGGCGAAGUCAAUCGAAUCAUCGGCCGCCGCACUGUCCGCACACCAGUUUUCGCCGAAGACGGCUCCGUCUCCACGGAAAAAUCCACCGAAUACCUCAUUGAAUGGAAGGACGGCCACGCUCCUUCUUGGAUCCCAGCCACUGGAAUCGCGGCCGACGUCGUCGCUGAAUACGAAACCCCCUGGUGGACAGCAGCCCGCAAAGCCGAUGCCGCCGCUCUCUCCCUUCUUCUCUCGGACGAAUCGGUCUCCCGCGACCCCAACGCGGAGGAUGCCGACGGUCGGACAGCGCUCCACUUCGCGGCUGGGCUGGGGUCGGAGGAGUGCAUAAAGGUGUUGGCGGAGGCGGGGGUGAGUGUUGAUCAAAGAGAUGGAGCAGGGUUAACGCCGCUGCACAUGGCGGCGGGGUACGGGCGGGCCGGGGCGGUGCGGGCAUUGGUAGAGGCAGGGGCGGAUGCCGAAGCGGAGGACCAGAGGGGGAGGACGGCACUGGAUCUGGCGCGGGAAGUGAUGGGG